CGGCGGCGCGGACCAAUGCGAGCUUCCCACGGUGACCUCAUCCCUCGGCCGCCCCGGGCGCGGAUUGGCUGCCUCCGGUCCCGCCCCCUUGCCCCCACGUGGGGAAGGGGGGUCCCGGUCCGGGCGCUGAUUGGCUGCGGCGGCUGCUCCGCUGUUGCUGAGGGGAAGCGAGGCCCGGGCGGCCGGAGGUCCAGGGAGCGCGAGGGGGCCGCGGCGGCUCCCGAUCCUCCAGCUGGGAGAAAGAAGAUGAAACCGGCAAGGAAGUCUGCCUCUUCCUCCUCCUCCUCAAGUAGCAGGAGCCGCAGCAGCAGCUGUUCGCCACCUUCCACCCGAGCCAAAGCUCAGAAGCAAAAGACAGCCCUUGAAGAGGAGCCCCGGCCCGAAGAGACGGACUUUGGGGAGGACCCGGGGCCACAGCAGCCCCUGGCCUUUGUGGGUACACGGUGCAUGCAAGUACAGAUGGAGCCUGGCUUGUCAGAACUGGUGGGAACUCACAGUGAUCCCUACAAAUUGCCCGUGGGGGAGGCGGAGGCAGAGACGGAGGUCGGUGGCGUGGAGGCCUCCUUGAACCGCAAGACAGCCACCUUUAAAGCCCGGGCACCUUGCAGGAAGUACCUGGCUGGGGAAGAAUCCAGUGGUAGUGAGGGGGCCCCGGUGACGGUGGCAGCACCACUCCAGGAAGAGGAGACCCGGCGUUGCCCAUCCUCCAGCACCGACACAGCCAGUGAGCACUCAGCCGAUGAGAAUGAGAAGGGGACAGGGGACAUGUGGGUGAGGCCCCCGUCAGGAGAGUUCGAUCUCCGACAGCUGCGCUCCCAGAGGGUACUGGCCCAGCGCGAGGGACUUUUCCACCCGGCCGUGGUGAAGCAGGUCCGGCGUGGGCAGGACCUCGGGGUGCAGUUCAUAGGCGACCAUGCCACGGCUUACUAUGAAGGAGCCCUGGGUUCUGGUGCCAUAGAUGUGGUCUUGGAUGCCACACCUCCGUUGGGUGCACUGGCUGUGGGCACGCCUGUCUGUGCAUGUGUGGACCCCGAGGAGACAGCUUACCGGGAGGGCACCGUGGUGGAGGUGAGCACCAAGCCCGUCUCCUACAAAGUGCGCUUUACCCAGCCCAUCCUCCUUUCUGGCACGGGGGCAGCCGCUGCCCGGAAGGACUCUGCCUGGUUGCAGCGCUCUGCCCUGCGCCUCCUGCGGCCACCCUGGGGCUGCGAGGCCCUCCCUGGAGAAGGCAAGCCUCCCAAGAAGCCUCCCCCUUUGGUAGAAAAGGAGGAGAGGGCACCUCUGGCUCUACCUUGCCCAGAGCCAAAGCAGCCUGAAGAUGCUGAGGUCUCCAAGAUCAGUGCUGCCGUGCGGGCAGAGGAGCAGUCAGUGGUGGUGCCGCCCCAGAUCCUCUCGCCACCCAAGUCGCCUGCCUUCCCCCGGCUGCCUGAGCAGCCUUCCCCUCUGCUGACCCCGGAGGCCGGAGGGAGCCGCAGUAGCAGCGUAAUGUCGGUGGACAAGUGCAGCACUCCAGGCUCCUCCCGUUCACGCACUCCACUGACAGCGGCGCAGCAAAAAUACAAGAAGGGGGAUGUGGUCUGCACCCCCAAUGGUAUCCGCAAGAAGUUCAACGGGAAGCAGUGGCGGCGGCUGUGCUCCCGGGAGGGCUGCAUGAAGGAGUCCCAGCGCCGUGGCUACUGCUCCCGCCACCUUUCCAUGCGGACCAAGGAGAUGGAGAGCCUCUCAGAGGGCCGGGCCAGUGGGCUCCGGGAAGGCAGUGCCGAGUUUGACUGGGAUGAGACCUCGCGGGACAGUGAGGCCAGCAGUGCCCGGGGGGAUUCCCGCCCACGCCUGGUGGCCCCUGCUGACCUCUCGCGCUUUGAAUUUGAUGAGUGCGAGGCAGCCGUCAUGCUCGUCUCCCUGGGGAGCUCCCGCUCGGGCACCCCCUCCUUCUCACCGGUUUCUAACCAGUCCCCCUUCUCACCAGCCCCCUCCCCCUCCCCCUCUCCACUCUUCGGCUUCCGCCCAGCUAAUUUUAGCCCCAUCAACGCCUCACCCGUCAUCCAGCGGGCUGCUGCAGCCCGCAGCCGCCACGUUAGUGCCAGCACUCCCAAAGGUGUUGGGGGCACCGUGCUGAGCCCAGAGAUGCUGCACCAUUCUGCCUCCCGAGAGCGCCACCACUCAGGCAUCACUUUCCAUACCAACCUGACCUUCACAGUGCCCAUGAGUCCUAGCAAGCGGAAGGCCGAGUCCCAUCAUGGUGGCGGCCCAGGAUCCACUGCUGACUUCCACAAGAAUGACAGCCUGGACUCUGGGGUGGAGUCCAUCUCCCUCACACCCACCUCCUCCACCCCAGCCGGCUUCCGGGCUGUCUCGCCCGCCGGAGUGGGACCCUUUGCCUCCCGCUCCCAGCAGGCCUCACCGCUGCUGCUGGUGCCUCCACCAGCUGGCCUGACCUGCGACCCUGGCCCCAGCGUCCGUAGGGUGCCCGCUGUGCAGAGGGACUCGCCCGUCAUUGUCCGCAACCCAGAUGUGCCCCUGCCAUCCAAGUUCACAGAGAAGCCUCUGGAGGGUCGAGUGGGCAGCCCCAGAACUGGAAAGGCUGGUGCCAAGGAGUUGCUGGCUGGCAAAGGGCAACUGCAGGUGCCGGUGCCUAUCAAUGUGGGCCGAACGCUGCCGUCCAGCCAGCCCAGCAUGGUCUCAGCUCCAGAGCAGGCACCGCCACCCGCCUUCAGUGUCUCCUCCCCCUUCCAGCCAGUCGCCUUCCACCCCUCCCCAGCUGCUCUGCUGCCGGUCAUUGUCCCCAGUGAAUACACCAGCCACCCAGCCCCUAAGAAGGAGAUCAUCAUGGGGCGCCCUGGCACUGUGUGGACCAACGUGGAGCCACGGUCUGUGGCGGUAUUCCCAUGGCACUCGCUGGUGCCCUUCCUGGCUCCUAGCCAGCCAGAUUCCUCAGUCCAGCCCAAUGAAGGCCAGCAGCCUAUCAGCCACCUUUCUACAUCUAAUCAAAAUAAAGAGCCCCCGGAGUCAGCUGCAGUGGCCCAUGAGCUCCCCAUCGUGUCUUUGGGGGCUGAGGCUGGGAGGCCAAAUACCUCCCACCCUGGCAGCCCAGCUCCAGUUCCCCAGCCACCCUCAGCCACGACUCCUGGAGCUGGAGGGGUCCCGUCCCAGCAUGAGGAUGACAUCCCAGGACACCCACGCCUGGAUAGCGAGACGGAGAGCGACCAUGACGAUGCGUUCCUGUCAAUCGUAUCGCCUGAGAUCCAGCUCCCGCUGCCUCCGGGCAAGCGCCGUACCCAGUCCUUGAGCGCCCUGCCCAAAGAGCGGGAUUCAUCCUCUGAGAAAGAUGGCCGCAGUCCAAACAAGAGAGAAAAAGAUCAUAUCCGGCGGCCUAUGAAUGCGUUCAUGAUCUUCAGCAAGAGGCACCGGGCCCUGGUUCACCAGCGGCACCCCAACCAAGACAACCGUACCGUCAGCAAGAUCCUGGGAGAGUGGUGGUAUGCGCUUGGGGCCAAGGAGAAGCAGAAGUACCACGACCUGGCCUUCCAGGUGAAGGAAGCACAUUUCAAAGCGCACCCUGACUGGAAGUGGUGUAACAAAGACCGUAAGAAGUCUAGCUCAGAUGUCAAGCCGGCUGGGCCUGGAGGAUGUGCCAAGGAGACACGGGAGCGCAGCAUGUCAGAGACUGGCACUGCUGCUGUGCCCGGAGGUCCUUCCGAAUUGCAGGGAAAGGCAGGCAUGGGAUCCGGGCACUGCCACGGAGACCGAAUCUUCCCUACGGCAGGGCCUGGGGCCCAGCGCCCUCGGGCCUUCUCCCACAGUGGGGUGCAUGGGAUGGAGAGUGACCAGGACAGCCAGGUGUUACAAGAGCUCACCCAGAUGUGCUCUGGAUCGUCUCUGUAUGCCAGUGGCAAGGGGCAGUAUGGGGGGCUGGGCCCUUCGGGGUCCCCCUUUGCAACGCCAGGUGAGGGCCCCCGCCCCUCCUUGCACCUGCAUCCCUCCCGUGCCUCCCGUUCCCAGCGCACUACCAGUGAGGACAUGACCAGUGAUGAGGAGCGCAUGGUGAUCUGUGAAGAGGAGGGCGAUGACGAUGUCAUUGCUGAAGACGGGUUCAACCCACCUGACUUGGACCUCAAAUGCAAGGAGCGGGUGACAGACAGUGACAGCGAGGAGUCACUGGGGGAGGACUCUGACGGCAAGGACUUUGGGCAGAAGCGCUUUUCCCCAGUGAUCCGUGCAGCUGCUUUGCCUCCUGCCUCUGGCACCUUUGCCUCUUGCCAUCCGCCUCCGGCCUUGGAUAUGGAGCCGCCUCCCUCACCUGUCCCCGGCCAUGACCAGCAGCUCCCUUCCAAGCCCUACAGCUCCUUCCAGAUGGUGCCAGGCACCUUCAAGGCCCAGGACUCCCGCGGUGGGCUCCGCCCGCUCAACACGCCAACCAAGCGCCCAGAGCCCCGCUUUGAUGCAUCGUUGGCCACUGCUUCCUACAGGCGGAAGCGGGCAGACAGCUCCGGCAGCUCCCAGGGGGCAGCAGAGUCUGGAGCGGCUACCAUUAUUGCCUCCACACAAUCGGUCAUCUCUUCACCUGUCAGCAGCAGUGGCAGCUUUCUGCAAUCCAUGAUGGUGCCAGACUCUGCCCGCUUGUCAUCCGGCACAGUGCUGGUGACAGCCCCCUCCAUGACCGCUGCAAACACAGGCGUGAUUGGCUACAGCGGGGCACCCAGCCUGGUCCGUGCGGCCUCCACCGUUGUAACGAAUGUGGUCAAGCCGGUCAGCAGCACGCCGGUGCCCAUCGCCAGCAAACCCUUUCUUUGUGGAUCUGGGGAAGGGUUGCCACUGUUCAGCUCCCCUCUCUCGGAUGGUAGUGCCAAGGCUGAUGGCGGGCUUUCCGUGGGCCGGAUUGGUAUGGUCUAUGCUGACAAGAAAACUCCUCAGUCACCCACUGUGCCCGGCACUGGAGUCCAAGGCUCCUCUCCUCAUUUAGUGACUGGACCGCUCCUCGGACAAGGUUUGGCCACCGUGGGGAAGGGCCCCUCUGGCCAGGGCAACGUUGUCACCAACCUGCUUGUUGGGACCCAAGGUUACAGCCCAGUGGGCGGCGCGGGAGGCGCAAGCGUCCCUGUGACAGUGCUGCCUCCUGGUACCAUUACCCAGCAGCCCUCUGUCCAGUUCAUCACCCAGAAUCCCCCUGGGCAGAAUGGUCCUGUGCCGCUGAGCAUCCUGCAGCCUCAGGGAAUCCUGUCUGGGGCAGGAGGCAAGGCAGGGGGUAUUACUCAGGUGCAGUAUAUCCUGCCAACACUGCCGCAGCAGCUCCAGGUGGCCGGGGGGAAGGUGCCGGCGGGAACGGGACCCCCCGGCGCUGCCAGCAUUCAUUUCACUCUCCCGCCAGCCAAUGGGAAGGUGCUCACUGCCCCCCAGGCCAUUCCAAUCAUCCAGCCGCCCUCUGGCAGCGGCAGCAGCGUCACCGCCAUGUCCUCAGCACCCAAAGUGCAAUUGGCGUCUCCAGUCCAAGCUCCCUCGCCAGGCAAUUCAGCCCAGCACCUGGUGUCUGGGCCAGUGAUGACCCCUACAGGGCUCCAGGUGCAAGGCAAAGUCCUGGUGCCCAUGGCUGCCCCUCAGGUGACCGUGCGGACCACCACAGCCACCCAGCUCCCUCUGGUCACUCCACCCUUCCAAGUUCCUGUGCAAAAUGGGAGUCAACCAGCAAGCAAGAUCAUCCAGCUCACCCCAGUGCCAGUGGUCCAGUCCCAGCCAUCUUCACAGAGCAGUGCCGCACUGGUGCCACCUCUCAGCCCAGUCACUCUUCAGGGCACUGUUGCUGCCGCUGUUGUGAGCUCCCCAAGCCAAACCCAAAAGGUGCUGUUGCCCUCCUCUUCCUCCACUAGGAUCACUUACGUGCAGUCGACUGCGGGGCACCCCCUCUCCCUGGGCACCUCGGCCUCCCACACACAGCCCGGCGCCCCCACACCCGCCACCACCUACGUCCAGUCCCCCAUGGGCCCGGCCCCUGUGGCACUGGGCUUCACCACAAUCGGGCCAAACGGGCAGGCCAUUGUGCAGCCAUUGCUCUCAGGUCAGAACUCCCUGUUGACACCGGGGCAAGUAGGAGUGUCUCCCCUCCACAGCCCCCAACUCCCAGCUUCCUGCCCUGGACAGGGUCAAGUCAUCGCAGCCAUCUACCCCAGUCUGCCAGGGACGAGUCCUGCCCAGCCAGCCACUCACGGCGUAGUGUACACGGUGGCAGCUACCAGCACCGCCUCCUCCCCGACAGCCAUCCUGCCCAAGGGGGGAAGCAACAGCAGCCUCGCCCAGGCCUCUGGAGGACCCACCCAGGACAAGGUGGUCUCCACAGCUCUCCAGGCCGUUCCUUCACCAGCCACUCGAGUUCAGCGCCCCCCACUCAAGACACCUCAGAAACUGAGGGCCAGCAUUGCCAGCAUCCCAAUUGGUUCUUACGAAUCUGCCCCCUCACCUGGUUCAGGCCGGCCUCCCGUGGGGCAGCCACAGCCACCCCAGGAGCCUGCUGGGCAGCGAUAUCUUCGAGAGGCUGAAGCCACAGAGCGGGGGCCCCGGGAGACAGGGCCCCAGGAGCCUCCUCCUUCUCCUUCCUGCCAGGGGCCUGAGCAGAGUUUGGCCAAAGUCCAGGAGCUGAAGAGGGACUCCUGGGAGCUGGUGUCGCCCCCCUCGCCCCAGCCGCCGCAAGUCACGGAGGCCGCAACCACAGAGGUCUGGAGCCACCGGGAAUCAGCCGGGGGGGGCAGUGAAGAGAGAGCAGCCCGAGACCCGCUGCCUGCCCCACCUUCAGGCAGCAAAGGGGCUGCUGAGACGCCCCUGAAAUUCCCCUCUUCUCCCGACUGGAGAACGUCGGGCCCUGAAGGCCAGCCUGAGGCAUCAGUGCCAUCCGCGGGGCCAUCCUCAUCCUCACUCAGUCCUGGCCCUCCAAACUUUGGGGAGGGCUCUAGAGGGGCGUCCUUAGCUCUGCCCCCAACAGCAUCUCUGUCCUCCACGUCCGAAGGGCCUGAGCCAAAGGACGGACCGGUGGGCAAGAAGGUGAAGGUCCGGCCUCCUCCCCUGAAGAAAACAUUUGACUCAGUGGACAACAGGGUUCUUUCGGAGGUAGAUUUUGAGGAGCGCUUUGCUGAGCUGCCUGAAUUCAAGCCUGAAGAAGUGCUGCCCUCUCCGACGCUGCAGUCCCUUGCCACCUCGCCCCGGGCCAUUCUGGGCAGCUACCGCAAGAAGCGCAAGAACUCCACAGACUUGGACUCCUCCACAGAAGACCCCAUUUCUCCCAAGCGGAAGAUGCGCCGGCGCUCCAGCUGCAGUUCGGAGCCCAACACACCCAAGAGUGCCAAGUGCGAGGGAGACAUCUUUACCUUUGACAAGACAGGCACAGAGGCGGAUGAUGUCCUGGGGGAACUGGAGUACGAGAAGGUGCCCUAUUCAUCCCUGCGACGCACGCUGGACCAGCGGAGGGCUCUGGUUAUGCAGCUCUUCCAGGAUCACGGCUUCUUCCCAUCAGCACAAGCUACGGCAGCCUUCCAAGCACGCUACUCAGACAUCUUCCCCACCAAGGUCUGCUUGCAGCUCAAGAUCCGGGAAGUGAGACAGAAGAUCAUGCAGGCAGCCACCCCCACAGAACAGGCGCCCAGCACACCUGAACCCGGGGCUCCUGCCUGCCAGGGUGGCACAGCAGAGGGGCAGCCUUUGGAGCCACUGGCCCUCACACCGGACUCAGGCCCAGGAGCAGAGGCCACGGGGGUGGGCCCCCCUUCCGGACCGCCUUCCACCAUGGCAGCCGCUUGGGAUGGUAGCCAGCAGACUUCUCCUGGCUGCGGGAGCGGAGGCAACGCCAGCAGCAGAUGAGCAAGCGAUUGAGCAGAGGACAGAGAGAGAGAGAAGUUGCCUGCUGGGCGGAUGGGGGGCUUGGAUCAUCGCCCCCUCCCCAACUGGGUCCCCUCCCACCCUGUGACUCUCCCCAGCCCCCUCCCCAGCCUUCUGGGACUCAAGGAGGGGGCAGACACCUGCGCCCCACAAAACCAUCUCCCCACCCUUCCUCUUGCUUGGCUCUUUGCCCGACUAGUCUGGCCUGAAAGGGGAGGAGUGUGGACCCCCCAGUGCCACCGCUGGUGCCCACAUACCCCUUUCCUCCCAAGAGGCAGCGGCUGCCAUGGAAACCUUGGGGCAGAGUGGGGGCCGCAAGAAAAGACCCACAAAGGGACAACUUCUGAUUUUCAACUCCCUCCUCUUUUAAUAAUGUCAAAUAUUUUGGGAUCCCAUACUCUUUUUCUUCUGUGUCAAUAUGUGGGGCCUGGGAGAGUCUCCUCCCAGCCUCCCUGCUGCUCCAUGGAGGGGGGGGGGCUGAGACACUUUACAGCCGGCCUUGCCUUGUGGAUGGGCCCUUGCUGUGGUCACUCAGAAAGCUGGAUCAUCAUCAUCAGAGGAGGAGGAAGGCCAUCUGGCGGCCUCAGCGGAGCUCGUGUGAUGCCACCCGUUUGUCUUGACUGGUCAAGGCUCCGCUUGGGCAUGGAGAGGGCCGCCUGGGCCAUCCAUUCAGAAGAGACUUGGGGUGCGGCGCAGCCGACGUCUGGGGGGGCUGCGUGUUGCUGGUGAGUGGUUCUGGCCCAUCGCCAGGGGAGUAUGAAGCAAGAGGGAGUGCCAGUGGACGGGGCUGCCCCCCUCGUUCCCAGGCACAGCGCAAGUGCCCUGGUGGCCAAAGCCACAUGUUGACCAUGUGUAGCCCCUCCUGCAUUGGGGUGGCCCCACCUCACAUACUAUUAAAGCUCUUUAACAAUC